UGUUGCUGCCAGUUGACGUCGGGCUGCCCUCCCCCUCGUCGUCGUCGUCGCCGCUCUCCGACUAAGUCCAACUUUUUUGUGGGGCGUCGCCAAAUUGCUUGUCGUCAGAACCUUUACUAAGACCGCCUGACGAGCUUGCUGAUCAGCGUCGUCCGAGAAGCCCGGCAUCAUCACCGCGCCAGGUGGCACCCCCUGUUGUGUACCGGCAUGGGGGGUAACCCUGCUGUGAACGGCCUGGCGGGCCAUGCCGCUCGGUGCCCGCUGUGCCGCGCCAGCAGGCGCGGUCUGGGCGACCCCAUGCCCAGCAGCAGCACCACUUUCACCUGCAUCCUGCAGUCUCAGAGGCACCGAUUUCGAUCUAGAUGGCCGGCCUGCCGCUGCUACAGCGUUGUUGUUCAUAGUGUGGGUUUAUCGCGUCUGCUGUGGUAUUCCUCGGGCCCCUCGCCUGGUCGUGACCGGUGUGUGUACGUCGGCAUCGACGCUUUCCGGGAUUUUUGAAGAAACGGCGCCCCUCUGCCGAUUAGAACCAAUGGAAAACCCGGAACCGGUUCCGUNAUGUGUGCCUGCAUCCCACUCGGUGAGACCUUGAUGUGUAGAUGUAUCUCGUGUCUUGCUGAAUUUCCUCCUGCUGCUUUUGAUGCAGCUCCUCCUUCUUGUUGUAAAUGCAGUGACUCCCGCUGCUCUCGAUGAAGGAAAUUUUGUUGAUCCAGCUACCGUGUGAAGGGUGGUCUUGUACAGCUGCGCUGCCUACUCUGUCAGGACGUAGACCCGCGCUGAUUGGAGAUCUUCUUCUACCGGUGGGGUUCUCGCGUGGUUGUGACGGGAUCAGCGUCACCAAUUCCACCGAGACGUCGAGUGAAUU